AAGAAAGAGAAAAAAACCCAGAAAAAAUAAUGUUUCUAUCUCUAAUAGUUCUUGUGUAAUUAUAUAUAUCUUUGUUUGUGGGUGGCUUAGUUUUCAGGGAUGGUUCCUUUUUUAAUCUACCUGCACUGUGAAGGCUGAGUUUGGAUAUUUUGUACGGAAAUUAAAACAAAUUGCAAAACAUAUUGAAUAAAAUAUUAUUUGUCUAAAAUGUGUUCAUUAGAUAUUUAUUAGACCAAUAGGCUUUUUAUGAAAUAUUUUGGACAGAAAUUGUAAAAAAAAAUAUCUUAUUGAUUUAAAACGGUAUCUUCACACUACCCGAAUGUUGAGUUUUGUGUUUCUAAGCUAUAAUUCCUCCUGGAGAUUCUUGUCACAAAUAGAUGGAAAAAGUUUUAGGCUAAAAAAACGGUAUUUUUUAUGUAGAUGUGUCUCUUUUUUUCCCUGCAACAACCAAUCAAAGGUCAUUAUUUUGAUUCCGGCUUUAAUUAACAACUGUGCGUCUUUCUUUCAGACCAAUCGCUGCAGUGGGAGGUGCAACGGUUCUUAAAAACACGGCUCGCUAGAUAAAAUACAAAGCAUUUCCGCCUGACUCCGAAUCACCGUCUACAACGGAUCACUCUGAGCUUGGCACUUGAAAAGGGCUGCACCAAAAUGAAGAACCUGCUUCAGUUCUUCCUCUGUCUCAUCAUUGUCCUCAAAACAAGUGGGGCUGAUGAAGUGAUUUAUCGUCGUGUUGGAGAAAGGGCUGUACUGAAUUCUCCAGUCCUCCCUCAUCAAUAUUACGUAAGCUGGUUCUUUGAAAGAGGCCCUGAGAUUGAGAUUGCCGACGUUUCCUAUUUUGGUAGAAAACAUGUUAAUCCAGAUUCUGGCGAAAUCUGGACCAGCAGGUUGUCCAUCUCUACCAAUAAUCUGAUCAUCAAUAACAUGCAAGAGGAAAACUUUGGAACCAUCGUCUGCAAAGUGAAAGAUGGCACUAAUCUAUAUGCCACAGUAAAAUUUUACCUGAUCAAAGUCAUGGUGAGUAUGGAGGAACAACGACCAUUCCUGAUCCCUGGACAUCGUCUGUCUCUGAACUGCAAUGCUGAAACUAAAAGAAGACACUCAGUUUAUUGGAUAAAACCAGCGGGCAACAAAGCAUCUCCUAUCCAAGGAUCAGUCACAAAGAAAGCUGAAAGCCAAGACAAUGGAAAGUGGAAGUGUGUUGUGAAAGACAACGGAAAAGAGAGCGAAUUCGAAUUUUUUGUUUCUGUUGUUGACUUCUCCUCUGCUUCCAAAUAUGUCUACACAUCUACAAACCUCCCUCUUAGCAUUCCUUUUUGGAUUACUCCCAAAGAGUUUGUGCAAAAAAUAUUGUCCAACGUUGAGACAAUUGAGUGGCUCUUCACCCCGAAAACAUCUUCCACUCAACAGACUAUCUUCUCCUUCUCAUCAAAGAAUGGACAGCUGAAACAGGAGGAUACAGCCAGUGAACUGAGCUAUAAAAACUUCACAGAUGGGGGAAAUUUUUCAUUGCACAGAAAUCUGGCGAGGGUAGAAGACAGAGGGACCUACAACUGCUCCAUCACAUUUACAAAUGGCUACGUGCUCAGCAGGAGUCUGGUUGUGGAUGUGCUGGAAAUCACCCCCUCCCCUGGAACGGAGUUAAUUUCAGGCCAUCACCUGAACCUGUCCUGCUCCACCGGCGGUCCUCUGGAAACUGGCGUCACGGUGAAAUGGGUCCCCCCUGAUACAUCAUCCUUGGCGAAAGCCGAUUUUUUGUCCGGUCACCUCAUCAUCACGAGAGUGGGAACGGAGGACUCUGGAAAGUGGAGGUGUGAUCUGAGGCGGAACACGACGACGCUGACGUCAGCUGUGAUAACUCUAAAGAUCGAUCCCAUUCUCACUGUGUGGAUGAUAGUGACCAUAUGCGCCGCUGGAAUCAUCCUAAUCCUCCUCCUCAUUCUAGCUUUCAUCCUCUUCAGGCGCAGACAGCGGAAGAUGAGACAGUUAAGGCAUCGACUCUGCAAGUGCAAAAACCCAAAGCCAAAAGGUUUCUACAAGGCCUGACGGUUGGGAUGAUCACAGCGGGACAUCAGGGCGUCAUGCAAACAAUUCUGUCCCAAACGGACCGUCGUCGUUUCUGAACUGUGCUAACUCUCUUUCAUGUGUUGAAGGAGAGACAGAAGAGAUGGAAACUUGUAGACAUCGCUAAAAUGAAAAAAGAGAGGAAACAAAUGUAAAAAUUGUAUAUAUCAAUCACUUUUUCUUACCUUUUUGGAUUGUUUUUUACUGAUAAUGGUCAUUUCAACCAGAUCAGAUAUUUGCUGUUUUUAAUUUUGUAUCUUAAUGAAAAUGAGUCAACUUGGAAACAGUUUUAACUACUUUUCCAACAAAUGAUUUUCAGUAUUUUUUAAAAUGUGACUUUGGUAAUUGCUUGCUACUUUGGCUUCAUCAGUGAUCAUAAUUUUGCAUAUUUUGCAAAAGUAAACUUUGUCCAACAGGAAGAACAACUACAAUCAGUGGAAAUACAAUAUAAUUUAAAUUUUUCAGAAAAUAACUAUACAAUUAGAUUAUACAAAUGAUUUGAACACACUGAACAAUAUUUAUUGUUAUAGUUUGUAGAAAUAAAUAAAAACUUUGAGAUUUAAACUGAGAUGUUUGUCGGUUUGAUAUCAAAUGGAAAGAGGUCGGCCGAAAUGCCAGCCGUUUUUACCAGCCGUUCGAAAGAGUCAAGACAAUCUUUCAAAUAUAAAAUCAGAAUACGUUCGUCUAAAAUAAUAUUCAAAGUCUCUUUGUUCAAAAAUAGCAAAGAGACUAUAAAAAUAUCUCAUAAGGACUGCAUCUUGAUUGGCCAUAUGCAUCAACUUUAAGUGUUCAGACCAUAAAAAGGCAGCAGGUUUCUUUCUUUUUUUGCUAUUUAAAUUUACAUUUUAUAGAAACAUUUCUGGAUACAGUAGUAUAGGGUUAUUUCAGCAGUUUUAAAAAGUAACUUUAACGAUCCAUGGAGAAUUUUUUCUUUUCUGCCAGUCAGACAAAACUGAUUUUAAUCCUCUUCUCCUCUGCACAGAAGCUUUUAAUGUUUCCCUGAAGGUUUUUUAUAUAUUAAACCAUAUAGAUUAGUGAUUCAUUGGAGAUUAUAUUUGCUUUUCUGUAAUGACUGACAGUUCACAACCUCUCCCUCACCAUUAAUUGCUUCCCGAUCGUACCUCCUGACAGCCUUACUGAUGUUGACAUGCUGUCUUUCUGCUGUUUCCAAUUUAAAUCCAGCAAUAAGUUUAGUUAUAUAUAUGUAUAUAUAGGUUUUACUCUUUCCUUGAUAGGGUCAGAAUCAUUUUGGAGUCAGAAAAUUGUACUUAAGAUGUAACAUAUCUGUAAUAUUGUAAAUUUAUUAUUGUAGAAAUACUGUUUCUUAUUGUAAUUUGAUUGUGUAUUGUCAUGUAAUGUGUAUUUUCAAUGUAUAUUUUAUUAUCUAUUCAUGAUAUAGUUAUCCAUUUAUAAAAAAAAUAAAUAAAAAAAUACUCAACAUAUAUAUAUAUAUAUUUUUGUACAGAUGGUGAUACUUUAUUUCCCAAAAGUUGAAACAGGAUGGGGGUUUUUUUCCAGAAAAAUAAAGUUGAUUUAAAGGUGAAACUGUAAUAUAAUGACUGUAUUAUGAGGUAUUUCAAUAAAGGAUCAGUAUGCAGCA